GGGCGCACGUAGCUCAUGCCUCCGCACCCGGGGGCUGGGACUGGGCUAGGCGGGCCUGCGUCACCACGCCCCCGCCCCUCCCCCUGCCCUAUAAAUUCCGGCUGCAGCCUUCCCCUGCGCUCUCUGCUCCUACUCGUUCGACAGGCAGCCGUGUGUUGUGUGCAGUGCCAGCUGCGUCCCGGAGACAAGAUGGUGAAGGUCGGAGUGAACGGAUUUGGCCGUAUUGGGCGCCUGGUCACCAGGGCUGCUUUUAACUCUGGCAAAGUGGACAUUGUCGCCAUCAAUGACCCCUUCAUUGACCUUCACUACAUGGUCUACAUGUUCCAGUAUGAUUCCACCCACGGCAAGUUCCAUGGCACAGUCAAGGCUGAGAACGGGAAGCUUGUCGUCAAUGGAAAGGCCAUCACCAUCUUCCAGGAGCGAGAUCCCGCCAACAUCAAAUGGGGUGAUGCUGGCGCUGAGUACGUGGUGGAGUCCACCGGCGUCUUCACCACCAUGGAGAAGGCCGGGGCUCACUUGAAGGGUGGAGCCAAGAGGGUCAUCAUCUCUGCCCCUUCUGCCGAUGCCCCCAUGUUCGUCAUGGGCGUGAACCAUGAGAAGUAUGACAACCACCUCAAGAUCGUCAGCAAUGCCUCCUGCACCACCAACUGCUUGGCCCCCCUGGCCAAGGUCAUCCAUGACCACUUCGGCAUCGUGGAGGGACUCAUGACGACGGUCCAUGCCAUCACUGCCACCCAGAAGACCGUGGAUGGCCCCUCUGGGAAGCUGUGGCGUGAUGGCCGAGGCGCUGCCCAGAACAUCAUCCCUGCUUCCACUGGUGCUGCCAAGGCUGUGGGCAAGGUCAUCCCUGAGCUGAACGGGAAGCUCACUGGCAUGGCUUUCCGCGUCCCCACCCCCAACGUGUCCGUCGUGGAUCUGACCUGCCGCCUGGAGAAACCUGCCAAAUAUGAGGACAUCAAGAAGGUGGUGAAGCAAGCGUCCGAAGGGCCCCUCAAGGGCAUCCUGGGCUACACUGAGGACCAGGUUGUCUCCUGUGACUUCAACAGUGACACCCACUCUUCUACCUUCGAUGCUGGGGCUGGCAUCGCCCUCAACGACCACUUUGUCAAGCUCAUUUCCUGGUACGACAAUGAAUUUGGCUACAGCAACAGGGUGGUGGACCUCAUGGUCCACAUGGCCUCCAAGGAGUAAGAGUCCCUGGACCACCAGCCCCAGCAUGAACACAAGAGGAAGAGAGAGGUCCUCCACUGCUGGGGAGUCCUUGCCCCAACUCCGUCCUCCAACACACUUGAGAAUCUCCCGACCUCCAUGCGGUUUCCAUCCCAGACCCCCUGAGGAAGGGGAGGAGGAGGGGCUUAGGGAGCCCUACCUUGUCAUGUACCAUCAAUAAAGUACACUGCACCCAG